ACCUUUUCCGCUUCUUCAUUCGGCGCUGGAGAGAGUCGGCGGGGUGAACACGGGGCGAGAGGCUUGGGUAGAAUGGUGGGCCUCCACAGGGGGACGGCGGCACGAAUCCACACACAGAGGGCUUGAACAUCGACGCAGUCCGUCUUCGGGAGGUCCGCAGGACGGCUGGAGUGACCGGAAAACGCUAAGGUUCAACCCACGGGCGCUCCAGCUUCUCCACAACCGCUGGCCGGCCACACUGUCCGGGGGAAAGGGGGACAAGGAAGAAGCCGACAGGAAGUGUGGAGGACCGCAAGCUGUCUGAGGCCUUCCCCGAGCAGCAGCUGACAGCACGGAGAACCCGGGCACAGCAGAGCUUCGGUAACGUCUUCUAUCGUGGCUUUUGACGUCUUAAAUAAUCUUGAACCGUGAGGAUUAUUUGGCAUUGCAGCUAUUACAGGUAGAGAGAGUGCUUUAGCUGAACUCUAGCUGCCUUUCUCUUUUUUUGCUGCAUCAACUUCAUAUGUAACUAAAGAGAAGAACAGUCACUGGCUGCUGCGGUUGCUGCUUCUUUUUCUGACUGUUUUCAUACUACCCCAGUGACAGGUUUACACCCAGUUAAUGCAGUGGCAACAUCCUGCCUCUAAAGCUCCUGAAUCUGCCAGUUCUAAAAGAGGACUUAUCUGAUUCAGUUUUGGAUGACUGGAAGGGAACUGUGCUCUCAUUAUGGUUCAUAGUUCAUGUUGAUUAGCUAACUAACUAACUGACCUACUGGCCAACUAGCUAAAGCAUACUGUUCCAGAGCUCUGGAGUAAGCACACUCAGCAAAAACUGUUGCGGAUACCUCCUGGGUGUUAAGUGUAUUUUCUUUGAAAGAGUGAAGGAAAUAUUUAUGAACUAUUUGCAAGAUGGGGAAGAUGCUAUCAAAAAUCUUUGGCAACAAGGAGAUGAGAAUAUUGAUGCUGGGGCUGGAUGCAGCAGGAAAGACCACCAUCCUGUAUAAACUGAAACUAGGCCAGUCUGUGACCACUAUACCUACAGUGGGGUUCAACGUGGAGACGGUCACCUAUAAGAAUGUCAAGUUCAACGUGUGGGAUGUUGGAGGUCAGGACAAGAUUCGUCCCCUGUGGCGGCAUUACUACACUGGCACGCAGGGGUUAAUUUUCGUCGUGGAUUGUGCGGACAGGGAUCGUAUUGAUGAGGCAAGGCAAGAACUGCACCGGAUCAUCAAUGACCGGGAGAUGCGGGACGCCAUCAUUCUGAUUUUUGCGAAUAAGCAAGAUCUACCUGAUGCCAUGAAACCACACGAAAUACAAGAGAAGCUGGGACUGACACGUAUCAGAGAUAGGAAUUGGUAUGUGCAGCCUUCAUGUGCUACCACAGGCGAUGGACUGUAUGAGGGCUUAACAUGGCUAACCUCAAAUUACAAAUCUUAAUGACCGACCGAUUGGCAUUGACUGUUUUAGGUAGAAAGAUAAAUAAACCUGGUGGGGAAAAAAUAACACAAUUAUCUCUGAUAAAUAUGCUCAAAACAUUGAAUUAUAUUUUCAUUUAUUUUUGAUUGUUGAAAUGACCCCGUAUAACUAAUAAUUUAUCUCUUUGAAUGAGAAUGGGUUUUUGCUUGCGUUUAGUUUUCUAUGUUUUGUGGCACAUGUGUCACCUUACUUAAUUGACUCGAUAGAGCAUUCCUGAAUUUAAUCUAAAUGCAGAUUCUCUAUUAUUUUUUAUAGGUUUUGUAUCUCUGAUUUUCUUUUCUUCUUUCUUUUCUUGGUUAAAGCUUGUUCCUCCUGAUCUCUCUUGUCAGUUGUCUGUGUUUUUGGAGUCUGUGUGGAAAAAAUGAGAGUCUGUCUCCUGCAAACAGCCCAUCAUGCUGGCGUAACGAUAAGUUUUAUACAGAUAUGUUUUAGAACUGACAUCUGUAGUAAAGGACAGUUUUACUGAGAAGUAAGAAAGUUGUAGCAAGCAUAUUAAUAGAUAGCGUGAAGAAUUAAACUGUACCAUUGCCAUGAUGUUACUGACAUCACAAAAUAAACUGUAAAUGAGCCCAUGGAACAUUAUAUGCAAAACCCUUUGACACAGACUCUCGAAAGAAUACUUGCCUAGACUCUCAUCUAUUCAUGUGUCAUGCUGUCAGAAGCCUUCAAGUCGAAAUACUGGGUUCUUUGUUUCUGCAUCACCAUGUAGCCCAAAAUGAAUAGAAGAAAGAUACUGUUUUCAGAGAUGGGUUAAAGGCUCAACACAGCUGAAUGUUUUUGUAAUCCAUGAGGUCCUUUUUCUACAGUUUAGGCUUGAAACCACCAGACUGUGUGUCACUUGCAGUUCAGUUUUGUGUUUCCAAAAUGUGACAUUCUUGCAUUUCCCUUGUAGUGCUUGCAUCAGAGCGGACUCAACCUGCCAUUGAAAUGGAGAGAAACCUUUUCAUAUGACUCAUUUUCUCUCAUUGCUUUAUUCAUUUUGAAAAAAAAAACAUGUACAAAAAACUACUUGUAAUUGUAACCUCCAAUUAAACUUAGUCAUUUUAAA